UAAUUGGUAGUGAAAAAUAAUCCCCGAAACUGAAAAAAAUCAUUUCCGAGAGCUUUGGGGCGCGACAAUAACCGAUGAACGAACUAAACGCGAAUGAAAUUGGUCAGCGGCGGUGGGGUGUGUGCGCCGGAGGGAAUGGCUCGCCGGUUCGCUCAGUCUACUGGAAGAUUCCAUUGUGAAAGGGUUUGAAUAAGUUUUUGUUCUGUGAAUUAAGUGUUUUCGUGCUGUACCAACAUCAUCAGCAACCUCUGGCCGACAUAUCAAGAAGUCUUUUGAUGCGAUAGUGGAAAGCAACAGGCAUGUACGAGGAUCAAAAAAGUUCGUCAGGGAGUGGUGCCUCGACUAAGGGCGAUGAAGCAGAAAUUGUUAGUCGUUUCUUGGCUCCCUUAUGUGCACGGGAUGAGAAUGCGAGAAAUAUUGCUCUUGCAGCAGCUCGUACUAUUGUCGAAGGAUGGCUCGGUAGUAUGUCAGGUCCGAAUCAGUGGAGGGCUGUAGGGGACGCAGAAAAUACGAGGGAACAACAAACAGGGAAAUUCAGAAGCCAGAACGGCAGGUAUGACAUGAACAUUGAUCGAUCAUCGACAAAAGCUACUUCUAAGCAUCGGUCAACAUACCAAUCCCAUUUGCGAGAUAAUUUCAGAACUGAGGGGUUCUUUCCACAAAGUGUAACUGAUUACAGUUCCCUACUUGGUGACCGUAGACUCGAUAGCAUAGAGAGAUGUAGUGUUGAUAACGAAGCGUCGAAUUACAGUUCACCAAAGAACAUAUGGAAUCAUAAUGACGUGGACGCUGUUGUUGACAAUCUCAGUAAUGCAGCAUCCUUAGACGAGGGUACAGGAUUAUUUAUUGCAAAUCACAAUGACAAAUGUAACAUAGAAAGAGAUUCACGAUUUGGAUCAAGCAGUGAGAGUGAGCACAGAUUGUUUGAUCUAUCGUCGAGCGAAAAAUCAAAUAAAUCAUAUCAGGAUGAGUUGAAGCAUCGACUUGGUAGGAUAAAGGGAGGGAGACACAAGCAUGAGGAUGAUGACCCGGACCCGGAUGAUCGAAUAUACGGCAAGAGUCCAAAGUUCGAUGAUAACAUGGGAAACUUUGGUCACCUUGAAACAAGUUAUUCGAGUCAUUUUCUCGGUCGUGAAAAAGUUGGUUUCUUUGGAUCGGGGGCUAAUGCACCAGUGGAGACCACCAUCUCCAGACAGUCUUGUAAUCAGGAUGGUGUUGUCUUCAAUACACUGGAAGGCUUCGAGAGUGAGUGUAUGAUACCAGGACAGGAGGAUGAAAUCUUGGAAACUAUGAAUCUGGAGAAAGUUGAUCAAUCUCCAUGGGAUCCUCCGUUUUCAUUACACUUGCCUCCACGCGCCAUCGAUGACCAGAAAUUCGGUGUUGGUAAAGUGAAAAAUUCAUCAUUCCGAAAUGGACAUGGCGGCUCAAUAAAUGAUCGGGCUCUGGAUGGGCCAGAUGUAACACCCGGUGAAGUUGGAAGAAUGUUGAAUCUGGGUGACGCUCUCGAUGGGCCGCGGUCACAAAUUCGAUCCAACAAAUAUCUGAGUCUUGUGAUGUUACAUCUCCCAGUGAUUCUUCGGCUCAGCGUCAAUUGCCCUUUCCAAAAUGUUAGAGUCAAGUGCGCUGAAAUCCUGCAUAUGGUCAAGGACAGAGGACUUCCUGUACCUGAGCCCGCAUUUAGUGGACCGAGUGCUUUCAUCCCAACAGCAGAGCUCCCGGACCCGAACAACAUCGACGAGAGGACACACAUGCUGUUGAUGGAUGCCUUCCUCCAGAACAAUCGACUGGAUCAUGUCUCUCAGGUGAUGUCAUCCCAUGGAUCAUACCUGGAACAUUUUCUCAGGACACAGAAUUUUGUUCUACGUGGUGAUGGUCCACUGCCUUAUGAUUAUCGACAUCUUAUUGCCAUUAUGGCCGCUGGAAGGCAUCAAUGCAGCUACUUGAUAAACCUGCAGAAAGGAGAAUUUCUGCUUCAAGGAGGCGAUCGUACCUGGUUACAGGGGCUCAGAUCGUUACCAGCUAAAUUGCAGAAUCUUUACGAGAUCAACAAAAUUCUGGCGCACAGGCCGUGGUUAUUGAACAAAACUCACAUAGAGAAAUUGACAAAAGGUGCAGAUAGUUGGUCACUAGCUGAGGUAGUUCAUGCGAUAGUCUUACUGGCGCAUUUCCACUCCCUAUCAUCUUUUGUAUUCUCCUGUGGUAUUAAUGAGGAACUCGACAAUAUCACAGGCCAUCAUUAUAAGGAGAAUGUACAGGACAAUAGCAAUAAUUUGCAACCUGCCAAAGACAAGCUCAUGAGCAGUCCCAAAAAAAUACCCACGGGUGGUGGCAAGACUGAUAACAUCCCGUCGCCGCCCUCAUCACCAAGUAUAGUUGGAGAACAGGAAGUAGGUGUGGAGACCCUCAUGGAGAGAAUGAAACGUUUAUCCGAAAAAUCAGAAUCCUACCAGAUAACUCAGGAGGAAUUGUCCAAAAGAUUUGAGACAGUUGAGACACAGUCUGCAGAAUUGGCAGCAGCACCUCAAAGGAACAGUACGAUUAUUGACUCCGAUAUUGGACUUUUCAUCGAUGAUCCGACGUUCAUAUACCAAGACUUUGCCAAGAGGGGACAAUUAAACGACAUACCAACCUUUCGUGUCCAAGAUUAUUCCUGGGACGAUCACGGCUACUCCCUUGUUAAUCGUCUCUACAACGAUGUUGGAAACCUCCUAGACGAUAAAUUCAAAACCGCCUACAAUUUAACUUAUUACACAAUGGGUACACACAGCAAAGUCGACACAUCACGUUUCAGACGUGCCAUAUGGAACUACAUUCAGUGUAUGUUUGGUAUAAGGCACGAUGACUAUGAUUACAACGAGGUCAAUCAGUUGCUUGAGAGGAGUCUCAAGACUUUCAUAAAAAGUGCUGUUUGUUAUCCUGAAAGAGUCACCAAAAGGGACUAUGACCGAGUCAUGAGGGAGUUCAAGCACAGUGAGAAAAUUCAUGUUAAUUUAAUGAUUCUCGAAGCUAGAAUGCAGGCAGAACUUCUUUACGCCCUUCGCGCUGUUAUGAGAUAUAUGACCUAAUCCGGAAUGACACUGAAAAAAUGGUGAUUGAUAAUUAAUCGAAUCAUCUUUUGAGACUAUCGUGAUGCCUUGAUGCUUCUCCAGGAGCGAGAGAUCAGGACAAUUGCAUUGUUUUAAUUGGAUUAGAUGUGUAUAAAAAAUAGUUGAGGAAGAAGCGUGAAUUAUCGAUAGAGUCUGUUACUUGAGUCAUUUGAAGGAUUUCCAAAGAGAUCGGGGAGGGAGGAGGGUUGAGGUGAUUUUGGUAUCGAAGAAAUGAGGAAUUUUCGUGGAUUUUUCGAUGUGAGAGAUUUAUCUGUGUUCUGUAUUUUAAAAUGUGAGGGAAAAAAUUUGUUCAAUCACUCGAGAUCUGAAUUUUGAGUUUCGUGAGGAAUUUAGCACUCGUUUUAGACAUCGACAUUAUUUUUUCCAGUUCUUCCUGUUUUUUUUUUUAAAUUUGAUUUUUUUUAUUGAAUAUUACUCUGUGCUUGUCGCUUGUGGAGGGACAGGGGGCCUUCAGGGGCGAAGGGGGUGUUGAAAGACGAUUAGUGAGACGUUUUGAGCUAGUGACAGCAUCGAAUAAAAAUUAAGUUAUAAAUUAUGAGACGCAGGAGAGGUGUAAAUUGUAAGAAAUUAGGAUUUUUUGAAUUGAGUGACGGAGGAAAUUAUUGGAAGUUAUGAUUUUUACCCCUUAUGGAAGAACAAUGGGGCUUUCUGAUGAUUUGUAAAUAAUAUAUCGUGUAUUCUUAUACAUUCGGCUCGUUUUUAUGACGGUUUUUAAUCAAAUUAGGUUCGAGUGGUGCUUCCACAAACACAAUUGAAUUAUUUUUUAUUGUAAAGCGUUAUUUGCAAAAUUAUCCUUUGAGCAUGGAAAAUGUAGGUUUUCCUAUUGAAGCUGUCGGGUCAAUGUUUGAAAUUGUGGUUUAUUUUGUUUAUUUUUUUAAUUUUUGUCUAAUAAACUAUUCAAAGUCGA